AUGGCCAGUGAGAGUGACAUCCCAAUUUUGGAUUUUCGGAAGAGUAAAGGAGUGACAUUGGAAGAAGGGAGUGAAAGAUGGAAAGAAAUGAGCUUGAAAAUUAAAGAAGCAUUUGAGAGUCACGGUUGUUUCAUCUUAAGGUGUGAUGAAAUCUCAAAUGAGUUACGGGAAGAGUUAUUCACAGGCUUAAAAUCAUUAUUUGAUCUACCUGAGGAAACCAAGAAGAAGUUCGUUGUCCCAAAACCAUAUAGGGGCUACAUCAGCAAGAGUCAUCUCAUUCCCCAUUCUGAAACCUUUGGGAUCGAUAAUUCUCCUAAGUCAAAUUCAUCACUUCAAGACUUCACUAACCUCAUGUGGCCUCAAGGAAAUCCAUCUUUUUGUAAGGCACUAAGUUCCAUGACCUUAAAAACACGAGAAUUAAGCUUGCUUGUCUUGAAGAUGGUUGUGGAGGGUCUUAACCUUCCACAACAAUAUAACUUUGAUGUUGAAGAGCUGAAUAACUACAACGAUACACGAGUAACUAAAUAUCAACUUCCUAAAGAUGGCAAAGAUUCUGAGGUUGCUUUGGCUCUUCACACUGACAAAGGAACCUUAGGCUUUAUAUGCGAAAAUGAAGUCCAAGGUUUACAAGUGGUAUCCAAAACAGGCAACUAUGUUGAUGUAAAAGUUCCCUCCGAUGGCAUUGUGGUCAUUGCUGGUGACAUAUUGAAGGCAUGGAGCAAUGGAAGAUUUCGGGCAGCUCCACAUAGAGUGGUGAUAAGAGGAGAUGAAGAGAGAUUUGUAUUUGUACUAUUUGCGGUGCCAAAGGAAGGGAUGGUGAUUAAAGGGCCUUCUGAGUUGGUGGACGAUGAAAAUCACCCUCUUCGUUACCGACCAUUCAUAUAUGACGAGUUCGUACACUAUCAACAUUCAACUCGCACAGAUGAGUCUGCACUAGAAAAAUUUGCUGGACUUUGA